AUGAAACGAAGAGAGCGGAGCUGGAUGUAUGAUAGAUUGGAUGGGCGUUCUAUUAAGCCUGAGUUCUUGAAAGGGGUAGAGGAAUUCAUACGGUUUUGCGAAGAGCAUCGUGAGACUGCAAAGAUUGAAUAUAGGUGUCCUUGUGUUAAAUGCAAUAACAGACGUUUUCAGGAUCCGGACACAGUAAGAAUUCAUUUGUACAGCAAGGGAUUCACUCCUCGUUAUUGGGAGUGGCUUUGUCAAGGGGAAGGGUUACCUGAAUCCUCAGUAGAAGGCCAGUCAAACGAAUAUCGUGAUAUGGUUAUGGAUGUUGUUGGUCAUAAUUAUGAUCGAUCGAGUACUGAAGCUGCAGAGGAGGAGCCUAACGCUGAAGCAAAGCGUUUUCUUGAUUUGUUGAAGGCGUCUGAACAUCCAUUGUAUGAAGGGAGUUCGAUGUCGGUUUUGGAGGUGGCGGCAAGAAUUACUAGCUUAAAGUGUGAGUACAAUUUGCCGCACAGGUGUGUCGAUGGGUUCGUUUCAUUGUUGACAGAAGUGAUCCCUGGCAGCAGCCGUUUGGGUGAGACAUUCUACGAUGUUAAGAUGGUUGUUAAGGGGUUGGAGCUGCCGCAUGAAAAGAUUCAUGAAUUCCCCAAGGGUUGUAUGUUGUUUUGGAAAGAGGAUGCUGAACUUCCUACUUGUAGAGUGUGUGGAAGUGAUCGAUAUAAUAGAACUUUUAAAGGCAGCUUGGUUCCGAAGAAUGCGCUAUUUUAUUUCCCGAUCACACCUAGGUUGCAAAGGAUGUUUGCAACGAAGAACCUUUCAGAGGAAAUGAGUUGGCAUGCAAAUAAUCCUCGUGUCAAAGGCACGAUGGCACACCCUAGUGACACUGAAACUUGGAGACAGCUUGAUACCUGCUUCCUAGAGUUUGCCUCGGAUCCACGGAAUGUUCGACUAGGGUUGUGUACAGAUGGUUUUGCUCCUCAUGUCCCUAGCCCCAAAAACCCGAAGGGAAAUUUAGAUGUGUACAUGCAACCACUGAUACUAGAGCUGAAACAGUUGUGGGAAGUUGGCGCAAGUACUUAUGAUAUAUCAAAGAAACAAAACUUCAACCUUAGAGCAGCCAUCCUAUGGACCAUUAGUGACUUCCCUGCAUAUGGUAUGUUAUCUGGAUGGUCUACGGAUGGUAAGAAGGCAUGCCCGUACUGCAUGGAAAAAAGCAAGGCAUUUUGGUUGCAGCAUGGGGGAAAAGUUUCGUGGUUUGAUUGUCAUCGUCAAUUUCUUCCUGUAGAUCAUCCUUUCCGAAAAAGUAAAACAACAUUUUGCAAAAACAGAGUUGAAAAAGGCUCACCGCCGCACAUCAUGUCAGGGGUGGAACUUUGGGAAUGUGUGAAAGACCUUCCGAGGGCCACCGAUGGGCCUGAAUCACUACAAGUGUUGAAAAAGGAAAAUAAAGGGUGGUUCAAGCGAAGUUGCUUGUGGGAGCUUCCGUAUUGGAAGCAUUUGCUGAUUCGUAACAACUUAGAUGUCAUGCACAUUGAAAAAAACUUCUUUGAUCAAAUAUUUCACACUGUAAUGGAUGAAACAUAUCAGAAAAUGGUUGAGGAAUCAAGCAGUCAGGAGUCUUCCAAAAGCCAAGAUGAGCUCUACUGGGAGGCAGCAGGCGGGCGUAACAAGAAAGGCCGAGUAAGGGGGCUUGGUCGAGGUGCUGAGUUGUAUUAUCAAUCCCAUUCUCGAGGAUCUGGGUCCUCUCAGCAGUACCAGCCGCCGCCGUCUGUUGUGGCUGAGAUCGAGGUUCGAGUGCAGGCCCAGGUACACGCUCAGUUAGAGGCUCAGUUACAGGCUCGAUUUGAGGCUCAGUUACAGGCUAAAGCCGAGGCUCAGAUGGCGGAACUGGAGCGGAGGAACAAAGAGAUGAUGGACGAGAUGUUGAGUCGCAUGACCGGACUCAACACUCCAUUCACAUGUUCCAAGAUGCCGCCGCAGCCGCGAGACCCUUGGGACGACAACCCCGGUUCUGGGGGCUCUGAUUCUUUUCCCGUCAUGGAGCUUUCUGUUUCUUUUCCCGUACUGUACACAAUUUGA